UCCGGCUUUUAGCUCCCACCUUCAUCGUGUAGCAGGAAGUGCUUUGUUGAGCUACUUUCUGCUCAGAAAAUGGAUUAAAUUCGUAUUUUUCUGGAUUUGUCCGAGUCACUCGGUCUCUGGAGAAUGUCUUCCCCGGUGAAGAGUGGGGAUAUUAUCCACCUGAAUGUCGGUGGGAAGAGGUUCAGUACCUCCAGACAGACGCUCACCUGGGUUCCUGACUCCUUCUUCUCCAGCCUGCUGAGCGGCCGCAUCUCCACCCUGAAGGAUGACGAAGGAGCCAUCUUCAUCGACCGCGACCCGUCGCUCUUCGCUCCCAUCCUUAACUUCCUGCGCAGCAAAGAGCUGUACCCGCGCUCCAUCAACGUGCACAUGCUCAUGCACGAGGCCGAGUUCUACGGGAUCACGCCGCUGGUGCGAAAGCUGCAGCUGUGUGACGAGUUGGACCGGUCCUCCUGCGGAAACGUUCUGUUCAACGGAUACCUGCCUCCCCCAGUGUACCCAGCGAAGCGUCGGAACCGCCACAGUGUGGCCGGGUCUCAGUUCAUGGCGGGCCGGGCCGGGCCAGUGGAGCGGGCGCCGGUCCGACGCAGCAACACGAUGCCGCCCAACCUGGGGAACGCCGGGCUUCUGGGCCGGACCGGCGCCGAGGACAGAAUGUCUGCAGGAGGAUUGUCCGAUCCCGGCAUGGUCCGGAUCAUCUGCGGCCAUCACAACUGGAUCGCGGUGGCGUACGCUCAGUUUGUCGUCUGCUACAGGAUGAAGGAAUCCAACGGCUGGCAGCAGGUCUUCACCUCGCCGCGCCUCGACUACGUGAUCGACAGAGUCGCCCUCAACGCCAAGGUGUUGGGCGGGUCGCUUGGAGACAACGACAAGAUGGUGGCCGUCGCCUCGGUGACGGAGAUCAUCCUCUGGUCCAUCUGUCCUGACGGCAACGGGAACGAAAUCGGCGUGUUCAGCCUCAACGUUCCGGCCGAGGCGCUCUUCUUCGUUGGUAACCAGCUGAUCGCUACCAGCCACACUGGGAAGGUCGGUGUCUGGAACGCCGUCACCAAGCACUGGCAGAACCAGGAUGUUGUUCCCAUCAGCAGCUACGACACGGCCGGAUCCUUCCUCAUCCUGGGCUGCAACAACGGAUCCAUCUACUACAUCGACGUCCAGAAGUUCCCUCUGAGGAUGAAGGACAACGACCUGCUGGUGACGGAGCUCUACAGGGACCCAACCGAGGACGCCAUCACCGCCCUCAGCGUCUACCUGACCCCGAAAACCAGUGACAGCGGGAACUGGAUCGAGAUCGCGUACGGAACCAGUUCUGGUACGGUCCGGGUCAUCGUCCAGCAUCCGGAGACGGUCGGUUCCGGUCCGCAGCUCUUCCAGACCUUCUCUGUCCACCGCAGUCCCGUCACCAAGAUUAUGCUGUCUGAGAAGCACCUCAUCUCAGUCUGUGCGGACAACAACCACGUUCGGACCUGGACUGUGACCCGGUUCCGAGGGAUGAUCUCCACCCAGCCCGGGUCCACUCCACUCACCUCCUUCAAGAUCCUGAGUCUGGACGACGUGGACGGACACGGAGGCUGCAGCGCCGGAACCGAGAUCGGUCCAUACGGGGAGCGGGACGACCAGCAGGUGUUCAUCCAGAGAGUUGUUCCGGACACGGAUAAGCUCUACGUCCGGCUGUCGUCAAACGGGAAGAGGGUGUGCGAGGUGCGGUCGGUGGACGGGACGUCCAUCACGGCCUUCAUGGUCCACGAGUGCGAGGGCUCGAGUCGCAUUGGCUCGCGCCCGCGCCGCUACCUGUUCAGCGGCCACGGCAACGGCAGCAUCCAGAUGUGGGACCUGACCACAGCCAUGGAGAUCGCCGGGAAGGUCGACAUCAGAGCUCUGGGCGGGCCGACGGAGGAGGAGCUGCUGGAGCUGCUGGAUCAGUGUGACCUGGCUCUGACCCGGACGCCCGACAGCACGCCCAGGACCUCCACCUGCAGCCUCCACUCUCAGCUCAGCGACAGUUACCGGGCCGACCGUUUCCGCGGUUCACCCGGAGCGUCGGGGUCCUCCGCCUCGCUGAGCGGCAGCCUCCCUCGGCAGACUCCGCCCCCAGCUCCCCUCAGCAGACUGCCCAGAGACGCCGCCCCCUCUGCCAGCUUCCAGAGCCUUUAUGGCCCCACCCACCUCCAGAGCCCCGCCCACCAUCAGGGCCCGAGCCCCCAGGCGCCUCGGUACCACCCGGAGCGGGAGCGGGACCGGGAGGCAGUCCGGCGCGGCAGCUUCGUGGAGCGCUGCCAGGAACUGGCCAAGGGCCCUGAGGCGGCGGCCAGCUCGGCCUUCGGCACGCCACCGUGGUCGGAGGGCAUGAGGCGCAGCGUGGCGGUCUGUAGCGAGCUGGAAGCCAGGUUCAGCCUGCGGACCCCCACCAGCUUCACUGUGUCCCCCGGAGCCCGCUACACCCCAGGGACGCCGUCCUCCAUGUCCGCCUCCCCUCUGCCCUCCUCCUCGCACCGCAGGGCCACGCCCACCUCGCCCACAAGCCCCGCCUCCUCUAUCCCCAGUCCAAGCCGCUCCUUGACCCCUGCGUCAUCCCCUCGCCGUGGCGCUGCGGCGUCGCCCGCUGAGGCGGCGGCGACACCAGAGAGUCCGGCGAGUCCAGAAGGAACCGGAGCGGCGGCGCCGUCCAGCCCCAAACCACACAUGAAUGAGACCAGCUUCUGAUUGGCCAACCAGACCGGCUUCUGAUUGGCCAACCAAAUUGAGACGUUCGGAUUCCUUUAAACCUCUGGAUGGAGUGCUUUUCUCCAGCAGGUGGCACUACAGAGGAAUGAACUCUGCAGCUGGAAUUCUCCAGAACCAAACCCGGUCCAGAAAUCAGGAUGAAGGUUUUUCUUCACUGCAUUAAUUAAUUUCACUCAGAACCUAAGGGAAAAGAUGGACCGGACCGGAUGGGACCGGACUCAGCUGAUGGUGUUUGUGACGUUUUCUAACUUUUAUAUCCGACAGUUUUCUGCUCCGGUUUCUAGAGAAGAUUUAUUUUUAUCAUUUCUACCUGAAGUUUGAUUUAAAGCCUGCAGGGGGCAGCAGGCGAUUCUGUCAGAUUCUCUGCCACCAUCAGUUCCCAACAAAAAAAAAAACUCCGUUUAAGCUCUGAAGUAUUUAUUCCAAAGGUUUUCUAUAAUGCUGAUGUUUAUUUGGAUGUUUUGUGUCUCUGCAGUUCAGCAGAAGGUUUAUGUGAAGAAAAACACUUUGUAUGCAAGAAGUACUUCAGUACAACAUAAAUAUACUUUUCUGUAUUUCUGCCA